AUGCGUCUGAUAUCAUUCCUACCUCGGUCCGUCACCGUGACCCAACCCGAAUUAGAACGCGCAACUGGGUAUACUAUGACUGGCACGACAGUGACAGCUCCUACUAAAUUGACACUGGUUGAGAGUGGCUUUAUUAUCACAAAGACAUAUGAUACCACGGCGUUUCCUGACAUCAAGAAUGGAAUACCGGUUUGGAACGUGGCCGUUUCAACUGGAGAAGGGGCAUCUACCACUACCAAAGAACCAAGCACAGAAACAACAGAUUUGUCUGCUACUAAUCCCAGUGAUAAUCUCGCGACUACUUCGGAGAUCUCAAACACAAUCGAGACAUCGGCUGGCAUCUCGCAAACCCGGAAGCCAACGAAUGCACCAGAAGUUUCUGCGACAGAAGCACCAAGUACAUCAUCAAAAAGACUUUCAGAUGGUGCUGUUGCUGGAGUUGCUUUAGGUUGCGUCGUUGCAGGUCUUACUAUAGGGCUUGUCGCAGCUUUGAUCCUUUUUCGACGUCGACGGAAGAGCACAAACUCCUCCCCAGGAUUCAUUGCAUUGGAGUCACGACAUGCUGAAUCAAAAACCGAACCGCAGGUCAACGUGGUAUCGUCAACACACGAUGCUGAACUGGAACAAUUUCUGCUCGACGCAACCCCUGACAAAGAAAUCCAAGCAGAAUUAUGCUCUUUGUCGGAGCUCAUCUACCAGCAUGUCGAGACAUACUACCAUGGACCUCAGGUUCUGGCAAGUUCAGCUGAAGUGGCUCAAUGCCUUGUCCAUAUUGGCUACUCGCCGGAGCUGUCAGGACUACAAGCAGAGGCGGUUGCCGCUGUGUGCCUCGCCCCCAGGACCUCUCGAGUUGGAUUGAGACAUGUCCUCUCGCACAUCAUCUUUCGCAGGCUCGACUUCAACUCUAGGGGAAACUUGUCCAUGCUUCCACCGGCAAUAGUGGCAAUGGCACAAGAGAAGAGCACACUUGAAAAUGCAGAUAGCCCAGCAAUUUCUCUUGCACGUUCAAGGUGGCGAAGCUUAUCUGCUCUGCUCCUCCAUCCUAACCCUGCAGAGAGAACACCACUUCCGCUUUCGAUGGAUGAGGCUCCAGCAAAGGCGCAAUCUCUGGCAAAUGAGCUAAACACCUUCUUGCAACUCUUUGUCGCACAAGACUCUACCAGCCGACAGGAGCAGACAAAUCAUCUGCAAGACGUGAUCCUCGAGUGCACCAGAUUGGGCUAUGUGCUUCUGUCGCAACCGGGCGACUGGGGGUUUAUUUUUGACAGCAAGACCACCCCCAAGGAUAGAACUCGUAGGAUUGUGGUUUGUCCGGGACUGGAGAGACUCAGCCAUAACAACGGAACUAGGUAUGGAUCGCCCAAAGAGGUUGCUGCUGCGGAGACAAUGUCCCUUUAA